UCCUGCAUCAGAGAAGCUCCCUGUUAUGUACCUUAUGGAUUCCAUUGUCAAGAAUGUGGGAAGAGAAUAUCUUACUGCAUUUACUAAAAACCUAGUUGCAACAUUUAUUUGUGUAUUUGAAAAGGUGGAUGAAAAUACUAGGAAAAGUUUAUUUAAAUUACGCUCCACAUGGGAUGAUAUUUUUCCUUUGAAGAAACUAUAUGCACUUGAUGUCAGAGUCAACUCAUUAGAUCCUGCUUGGCCAAUUAAACCUCUGCCCCCAAAUGUGAAUACUUCUAGCAUCCAUGUGAAUCCUAAAUUUUUAAAUAAAUCGCCAGAGGAAUCUACUGCACCUACCUCUGCUGUCACUUCUGGUGCCUCUACUCCUCCAGUUGUUCCUGAAAUACAAAAGAAUUUGACACAGGAGCAACUGAUAAGGCAGCAGUUGCUUGCAAAGCAAAAGCAGUUGUUAGAACUUCAGCAAAAAAAAUUAGAGCUGGAGCUGGAACAGACUAAAGCACAGUUGGCUGUAUCUCUUAGUGUUCAGCAAGGAUCAUCUACUAUAGCUUCAGUUCCAGCGCCUUCCAAGCAACAUCUGUCUCCCACACCUCUCAUGACAGUUAAACCACCUCAUCAGACAGCUGUGCAAUCUGAAAAAAACAAACCAUCCCCAAGUUCUCCACUUCAUGAUGUCAAAAUAGUAAAUAGGGAUCCUCGACUGAAUAGGAUGGCUCAACAUUCUUCUCAUGCUAAAGAUCAAUCUCAUAGGAAAGAAUUUCCACCAAACACAACCAGUCAGUCUGAUACCAAGGCAAACAAAACAACACAGGCUGAAAAACAAAACUCAACAAAGCAAGAGAAAUUGAAAGCAAGUGAAAAAACACAGAAGAAAGAACUUGACCAGUCAGAAGCAAAAUCUAAAUCACCAUCCCCUUUAAAAAAUAAGCUACCCAAUACUAAAGAUACUAAAACCCAGGAAUGUGAAAGCACAAAAGUAUCUGAAAUUAGUAAGCGGGAUCCAAGACUGAAAAGACAUCUUCAAGAUAAGUCAGAGGGCAAAGAGGAGGAGGUGAAAGAAAAGAGGAGAAGUACAGAGAAAAAAGAAAAAGAGGAACAUAAGACGUGUGAACACAGACCAGUAGGCAGCAGAAAUAAAGUAAUUAAUGGUGCUGUUCAGAAGCAAGACACGACUACAGAGGAGUCUGAAAAACAGAGUGGAAAACAGGGGAGAUCAAGUAGUAGAAAACGGUCACGAUCACGCUCUCCUAAGGCACGGUCACCAUCUACACAUUCUCCAAAAAGACGAGAGAGGAGAUCACCCAAAAGAAGACUUAGGAGUUUAUCUCCCACUUCAUCAGCUCCUAAAAUUGCAAAGAUACGUCAGAUCGGCCCUAAGCAGUCUCAUGUUGAGGAAGGCACGCAAGCAGCAAGAGAUGAAAGAAAUUCCAAUAAGAGAAAUGUUAAACAAGAGGUGCGAGAUCCAAGGAGGGUGAAAAAAGCCCAAGAAGACAGGCCCCAAGAAACAGCAAGCCAGCAUUCUACAAAAGCUUCUCCUGAUCCAAAGGAGAAUGCAGAAAACUGGCAAGGAUCCAAAUCAGGCAAGAGGUGGAAAUCUGGUUGGGAAGAAAAUAAAAACUCACAGCAGAAUGAAGAACACCAAGCACUUGGUAAAUCCCCUCACCAAAGACACCGGGAAAACUGGCCUGCUGGUAAGGGAAUUUUAUCACCCCGAGCACCAAAGCAGCAGCACCGGUUAAGUGUGGAUGCUAAUUUACAGAUUCCCAAAGAAUUGACAUCUGCAAGCAAGAGAGAAUUACUUAAGAAGGCUAAUGAACGCUUAACAUCCGGUGAAAUAACACAAGAUGAGUUCCUCAUGGUAGCUCAUCAGAUCCGACAGCUAUUCCAGUAUCAGGAAGGAAAACACAGAUGUAAUGUCUGGGAUAGCCCUACAGAGGAAAAAUGUGGUUUGAAAAAGAAACCUCUUCUAUCAGAUGCAGAAUUAACAUAUUAUGAACAUAAGGCUAAACUAAAAAGAACACAAGUUCAGCAUUCAUUGUCGAGGCUUGAUCUGUUGGAUCCUGAUGAUAUUUUGGAUUAUCAUUUGCCUGAUGCAUUGCUUUCUGGUAUAGAAUGCGAACAAGCAAAAGCCAAGCGUGGAGUACAGUUUGACAGAAAAGAACCAUUUGGAGAAAGAUCAAGGAGACACUCUCCUGUAAGUGGCACUAAUAGACCUUUUGCCGAUAACCUUUCACCGCUUGAGAGUCGACGAAGACUUGAGGAACAAAAUGCUACUAAGGGAGCAAGAGGUUCUAAGAACUUCGAUCCUUAUGACAGCUGGGGAGAAUCGGAUGAGUUUAGAGAUGCUCUCAGACAACAGGGGAAGAGCACAACAGAGUUCCAAAAGAUAGAUGGUGAUGCAAUCUGCAGAUUUGAUAAUCGUGAAGAGAGACAGCUUCUUGGGCAAGCUGGUGUUCGAGAGGAACCAAGAUCACCGUUCAGCGACCGUUUCAAAAGAGCUAGGUAUGAAGAUCCAGAGAAAGCACCGUUUCCAGAAAGUCCAGGAUCAAGAUUUGGAGGCAUUGAAGCAAAGCAGAGGAUAAGUGCACUAAUGGAAGACAGACCUCUGUUUGACGGCUCACCGAGACAGGCCACUGCAAGGGUUGGGGUAGAUGGACAAGGAAGUCCUUUUGUUGAUGGUCCUGCUGCUGGUUCAAGUUCCAGAAUUGAUGGGCCAGCUGGACAGGCCGCCAUGAGAUUUGAGGGGCCUUUGGUGGCGGCAGGUGCAUCUCAGUUUGAUGGACCACUGGCAGGAGCAGGGGGAGCUGGAGCCCUAAGAUUUGAUGGGCCACCAGGGCAGCUGGCAGGGGCUUUGAGGUUUGAAGGACCCCCAGGACAGGUUGGUGGAGGAGGUCCACUGAGGUUUGAGGGACCUCUUGGGCAGAUAGGAGGGCCUUUGCGGUUUGAGGGGCCUGCAGGACAGCCUGUAGGUGGUCCCAGAUUUGAAGGACCUGGAGUUGGUCUCAGGUUUGAGGGUCCCCGUGGCCAGCCUUCAGGUGGUCUCAGGUUUGAGGGACCUCAUGGUCAACCUAUGGGGCCUCGAGGUCAACCAGGGGGUGGUCUCAGGUUUGAGGGACCCCAUGGUCAGCCCUUGGGGCCUCAUGGUCAACCAGGGGGUGGCCUCAGGUUUGAGGGGCCACAUUUACAGCCAUUGGGACCCCAUGGACAACCUGGAGGUGGCCUCCGAUUUGAGGGGCCACAUGGUCAGCCUAUGGGGCCACAUGGACCAUCAGGUGGUGGGCUCAGAUUUGAGGGGCCACACGGACCAUCAGGUGGUGGGCUCAGAUUGGAAGGACCGCAUGGUCAGCCAGGUGUCGGUCCUAGGUUGAUUGAUGGACCAGUACACCAGGGAGCUGGUGGACUUAGAUUUGAUGGUCCUCUGGGUAGGGCCGGUCCGAGAUUUGAUGGUUGCCAUGCAGCUGGAUUUGAUGGUCAGCCUGGACAGCUGUCUCUCUUGCAAAGAUUUGAUGGAAUUCAUGGACAGCCUGGUCCAAGAUUUGAAAGGGCGCCUGGCCAACAGGCACAACCACGAUUUGAUACAGCCAUACCUCAAAGAUUUGAUGGACCUCACCAGCCAGCCUCUAGAUUUGACUUGCCCCUUGGCCUUCAAGGUGCGCGUUUUGAAAAUGUAGCUAACCAUCCUGCCUCAAGACUAGAAAUGUCUUAUGGACAAGGUGGUCCAUUUGUCGACCAUCCCGGCCAGGGCUACAAUGGACCAUCUCAUGGGAUGCAGUUCCAGAGGCCUGAUCUAUUUGAUGGUUCGCCUGGACCAAAUUUCAAUGGGCCAGGUGGCCCAGGAGCACAGAAUUUCCCAUUGAGAGGAGCUGGACAUUACUUUGAUGAAAAAAGUCUUCAGGGUCCUCAAUAUGGAAACUUCAAUAAUAUGCCAAUGGGAAGUAAUCAGGUUUCUCUCAUGUCUGCUCAACCAGGGCCUUAUGGCCAAGGUCAACAGUAUUUGCCAAAUCCUGGAAGUUUUGUUCAGAAUCCUGCAGGAGCCCUUCCACAUUCAUAUCCUGAUAACCACCUUGGGCAGCUUGAUGUCAAUGAAUUGUUUGCUAAACUGCUGUCAACAGGGAUCCUCAAACUGUCAAAAACUGAUUCCACUUCAGCACAAGUGAAUGAAACAUCAUCCCAGCCAGUUGCUGAAGAGGAAGACGAUGACCAGAAUGAAGAUCAAAAUGUCCCAGACCUCACUAACUUCACAGUUGAAGAACUUAGACAGCGUUAUGAUAGUGUAAUAAAUCGACUGUACACUGGAAUUCAGUGUUACUCAUGUGGAAUGAGAUUCACUACUUCACAGACAGAUGUGUAUGCGGAUCAUUUAGAUUGGCAUUAUCGUCAGAACCGGACAGAAAAAGAUGUUAGCAGAAAAAUUACACACAGAAGAUGGUACUACAGUUUAACAGAUUGGAUUGAAUUUGAAGAAAUAGCCGAUCUAGAGGAGCGUGCAAAGAGCCAGUUUUUUGAAAAAGCUCACGAAGAAGUUGUGUUGAAGACACAAGAAGCUGCGAAAGAGAAGGAGUUUCAAAGUGUCCCUGCGGGACCAGCUGGAGCAGUUGAGAGCUGUGAAAUCUGCCAAGAGCAAUUUGAACAGUAUUGGGAUGAGGAAGAGGAAGAGUGGCAUCUGAAGAAUGCUAUCAGAGUAGAUGAAAAGAUUUACCAUCCAUCUUGCUAUGAAGAUUACCAGAAUACAUCAUCAUUUGAUUGCACCCCAUCUCCCAGCAAAACUCCUGUAGAAAAUCCACUAAAUAUGAUGUUGAACAUUGUUAAACAAGAAACACAAGAGUCCUGUGACUCGCCUAAAGUCAAAGAAGAACCUGAUGACACCCCUGCUGCCUGUGCAGAAGAGAGCACACCUGCAUCUACAGAUGUUAAAACAGAACCUGAUGAGUCUGUUUAAAUAAACUGAGGUAUGAAAUUUUUUUUUUUACAGAAGAGCUGCUGCGUUAACUCUGGAAGGCAAAUACUUUUUAUAUGAAAUAAAAAUGUUCAACUGAGGCAGGGCCUCAUCUGCUGUUUGGUUAAUAAAUACAUUUUUGUAUUUGAAUUCCUUAUUGCCUGCACAGUUUCAGGUGUCAUUGUGUGAGAGUUCUGUAGAUGCGUGAAAAUUUAAUGGAAUGAAAUGGUAUAUGUAAAAAUGUACAAUUUUCACUUGUGGAAAUGUAAAUUAUAAAUAAAAGAUAUUUUUGCUAUAUAUGGAGUGUAAUGUUUAUGCACACC